UUGCUUUCUCCUACAGAGAAGAAAAAAUGGGUGCUCUUGAUUAUCUUUCCAACUUUUGCACUGUCACCAGCACAAGGAGCAAGCGCAAAGCAAUGCAGACAGUUGAGAUCAAAGUCAAAAUGGAUUGUGAUGGCUGUGAAAGAAGAGUCAAGAACGCUGUUACCUCCAUGAAAGGUGUGAAAGCUGUGGAGGUGAACCGAAAACAAAGCCGGGUGAUUGUGAGUGGGUAUGUUGAACCAAACAAGGUGUUAAAGAGGGUAAAAAGUACAGGCAAGAGAGCUGAGUUUUGGCCGUACAUUCCUCAACAUCUGGUACACUACCCUUACGCCUCUGGAGUUUAUGACAGAAGGGCACCAAAUGGGUACGUCAGAAAUGUGGUUCAAGCUUUUCCGGCCUCCAUGAAUGGCCCUGAGGAGAACAUGGUCUCCCUCUUCAGUGAUGAUAACGUCAAUGCUUGUUCCAUAAUGUAGUAAGCCCUAAUAAUAAUUCAUUCAGGCAAGAGCUGCAUAAUCAUGCACUUUGUAAACUCUAGUUUUAAUUAGUUUGUACAAUUGGCAAUGGAAUUGUCUCUGUGGAA